UUCUUUUCAAACACUGCAAAAAAAUGGGCGAAACGUCUGCAUUACCGGCUUCGUUCAGUAACAAGAACGCUUUUGAGAGCUCAUCCGCCUUUAUAAUGCUCCAGAAAAAUGACUUAAAGAAAAAACAAACGAUGACAGAGGAUGUCUUCAGAAUCUUUCGACGAACAGGGAAACAGAUACAAACGAUUGGGAAACAGAUAGAAAAAGAGCGUGGGAUUUAUUUAAAGGAUCGUCAUAGCAAUAAAAACGCACUGUACAAGGAGCUUUCACUGAUAUCGAGCUUAAAGGGGCAGGGAGAGCACUGGAAAACUAGGAAGGUUCCAAGCCAUGUGCAGCGACUGCCCCAUUUAUUGGCGGUUGCAACGAGUGACUUGAUCUGCCGACCAGUCAAGAGCCAAAUGUCGAGGCAUAAGCCAAGCGAGGGAGCCGAGGUACUGGAACCUGAGAGACGCAUGAACGUCAAUGUACUAAAACGAUGUGAGUGCUGCGAACGACUUGCAUUUCGUUAUCAAGAGAGAUUAGAAAUCGAGAGAAUAAGAUCAGAGAUUGAAAAGCAGAAAAAGGAGGAAAGGAAAAGUUCUAAGGGGAAAGUGGAGAGCGCUGAAAAGCAAGAGGGAAAUCAAGACGAGAAUAUGGGGUCACGAAUGCUUAAAGAGGACCCUACGAGACGUGUCUCGGCGAUUCAGGUACCCACACAAAGCCCUGGCAGUGAGCAAAACCAAAAAAAGGUCACCCGAUUGUUUCAAUUCACCCGACAAAGAGAGAAAAAGCUACCCGCGACCAAAAGCGUCGUGAUGGGCUUUGCUGCGCUAAGAAGGCAAGCGGAGAGCAAUACGACUCACAAGGGUAAUACUUACUUUGGACCUGAUGCUCGAGUUGCCAAGACAACGGAACCGGAUCCCCCUAGUCCAACCAAAUCUGAGACGCAAAGCACGCCGGGACUGUCUUCCCUGAUUGGCUCACGAAGUCGUUCACUCUCUAAUCCUCAACCUGUUCCAAGCCCUACGAACAGACAAAAGAUACGAGUGAAAUUCGAGCCGCCAUACUUUCAGGAGAAAGUUCGUCUCCAGGGGCAGGACUGGAAGAAGCACAUAGAAAAGGUACAAGGCAUAGCAAAGGAAGAGACUGCGAAAGUUGUUACUCUUUCCAAUAUUGCAUUUAAGAAGCUGCUAAGGAAGAUGGAGGAAGAAAGGAAGAGAGAAGAGAAAAUGCGUCAGGAUAGUUCGGGCUCUGAGUCGAGCAGCAGGCCAGAGUCCAGGAACAUGCCGGGAAACAUAGAUGGUACUCCAAGCUCAACAAAGCGAGAUGGUUUGUUCUAAUGGCAACCGCAUAGACGACAAUCAAAUUGGGACGCACUGGCUUCGAUUUAUGGCGGGAAAGUUGGAAAAAAUGUUAACCAUGUAGGCCUGAAGAACUGGAACGAGACAGAGGAAGAUAAAGAUACGCAAGAGUGCGAUCGUCAUGCACUUCUUGAAACCCAUGGAAGCUUUGAUCGCGAAAACGGAACCAUUGAUCAGCAUCGUUUUGGCGAUCACGAAAUUUUCCAUAGAAGCGUUACUCAGUGUGACGAGCAUUCGUUGUCUGGUACAGAACUGACGUGUACCCUUACAGUGGAGGAGAGUUAUUACUAAAUGUGUACACUUGUAAAUAAAAACCUUUUUACCUUAA